AUGGAAAGUGUCAACAAAUUCAGCCGAUCCUGGGGAAAGAAUAAUCAACAAUCAGAUCAGACUCCUGAUAUUACUUUGUCAAGUUCAGUCGAUAUUCAGUUAAUUUUUGAGGAUUUCCGUUUGACAGCUUUAUUUCAUAUUAAACUCAAAAUUCCUACAGUGAUUGAAUAUAUUAUAUUUGAUGACUACUAUCAUCUGAGGCACCGAAGGAUAUCAAAACGAUCUUUAAAGCCUAGCGAGGAACACCACAUAGCCUUGUCAAAUGAACCUCAGGUAACUUGGUUUUCUCAACAAGUGUUGAAACGACGAAUAAAACGAGAUUUUAAAGAAGAUCCUGAAUCCGAGAAAGGAAUCAAGAUCGCCCUAAAUGACCCUAGAUGGCCUCAAAUGUGGUAUUUGAACCGAGGUGAGGGACUUGACAUGAACGUUCAAGACGCAUGGGCUCAAGGUGUGACUGGAAAAGGCGUUGUUGUGACUAUUUUAGAUGACGGACUGGAGAAAGAUCAUCCAGAUCUUAUCAAAAACUAC